UUUGCAGCGCAGAGCACGGAAAAUUGUUAUUAAACUUAAAUUUAUAGAAAACAAUGGAAAGCAGCUCAAGUUCAACUUCCGGCAGCAGCAGCAGUGGCUCCACUUCUUCCAGUUGCACCUCAGACUCCGAUAGCAGUAGUUCUGCCUCUGAGGAAAAACCACAACAACAACAGCCACAAACAAACCAACAAACAGCGCGACGCACAGCAGCUGAACAAGAAAAACCCAAACCAAAAGUUGCAGCUAAAGUGCGUGCAACAACAAAUGGUAAAAGCCUAAGCAGCGACGACGAUGAUGAUGAUGAAGAUGCAGCGCCGCCAGCAAAGAAAAAUGCACGUGUUGUAAAUAAUGCGCCCACAGCGGCGCCUGUACGCCGUAGACCACCAGCAAGCAGUGCGGCCAAGCCUGCAGGCAGUGCAGCUAUUGCAGCUAAAGCACCGCCUGCGUCAAAAGCAACAGUCCACAGUCAGCGCAAUGGCGACAGCAAGCGUCCAUCGCUUAGUUCUAGUUCCAACAGCACAGAUGACUCCGCCAAGGAACGCCAAGCCAAUGCACGUAAGAUGCCGUUAAAAAUGGCAGCAACAGCAGUGCGUGCCAAGCAAAUGCGUGCCAAGGUGAUGCAAGCUAAAGUCUCGGCCGUAGUUACGGGCAAAAACGGAGUUGCUACCAAGGGCCGCAAAAGCAGCGAAGGCAGCGACGCCAGCAGUGACAGUGCCAGCGGCUCUGAAAGCAGUUCACUCAGUGAAUCCGAGGGCAGCGACUCAAGCAAUUCCUAUAGCUCGCAGCACGGAAAAGCAAAAGCAAAAAAGCAACAGGACAGCGAGGAAGAGCGCAAGGAUAAUGAAAAUCCCAUGCGCAAGCUAACGCGCUCGCUUAGCAUGCGUCGCAGCAAGCAGCAGCCACCCGUAAAACAAGGCAGCGAUAGCGACGAAGACGACGACAAGCAGCUGCUGUCCAAGAGUCCUGCCAAGAGAUCAGCCACAGCUACAGCGCUCAGCAACAUCAUCAACAGUACGAAAAGCAAAGUAAAAAAGGAAAUCUUACCGCCUUUAAGAUCACGCCCUGUAUCGCCGGCCGUGCAGAUGGAGAAGAAAUGUCCCAUUGAGGGCUGUGAUUCGUCUGGACAUCUGAGCGGCAAUUUGGAUCGACAUUUUCUGCCCGAAGCUUGUCCUAUUUAUCACAACAUGUCCGCCUCAGAGUGUAAAGAGCGCGCAAAUGAUCGUAAGCUGCGUCUGGAGCAACGACAAAAGAUGCCCGUAAAUAUUGUCAGCGCGCCUGGUACGCAACAAAACUCAGCCAAAUCAUUGACACCAGAGCAGCGAGAGUUUCUAGCCAAGAUACGCGAGUCCAGAGCAAGCUUUAAGCCUCAGAGCAAUAACUAUUCAAAUGAUAAGGUCAAGCUAGAGAAAGACGUGCAGGAUGAGGAUCGAGAACCAAAUCUAAACGGCCUGGUGCCCGACUAUGAUUUACAGCUAUUUCGGGAGGCGCAGGCACAAGCCUCCGAAGGCAUUGAGGAUGAACUUAAGGAUCUGCCUGUGGGCAAGGGCAUCAAAUACAUCAGCAUGGGUAAAUACAAAAUGAAAGUGUGGUAUCAGUCGCCUUAUCCGGAAGACGCUGCUCGCCUGCCUAAGAUGUACAUAUGCGAGUUUUGUCUGCGCUAUCAGAAAUCCGUUACUGGCAUUAAACGUCAUGCACAAAAAUGCGUUUGGCGGCAUCCGCCGGGUGAUGAAAUCUAUCGCAAAGGCAAGCUACAAGUCUGGCAGGUGGAUGGCAAACGUUAUAAACAAUAUUGCCAGCAUUUGUGUUUGUUAGCCAAAUUCUUUCUGGACCACAAGACGCUGUACUAUGAUGUGGAACCUUUUCUGUUUUAUAUUAUGACGCUGGCGGAUGUGGAUGGCUGUCAUAUUGUGGGCUACUUUAGCAAGCACAUACCAUUUCUACAGGAGAAAAACUCCUUCUAUAAUGUCAGCUGCAUUCUCACGCUGCCUCCCUAUCAACGCAAAGGAUAUGGCAGACUACUCAUUGACUUUAGCUAUCUGCUGACACGUGUGGAGGGCAAAAUUGGUUCGCCCGAGAAGCCGCUGUCCGAUCUGGGUCUCAUAUCGUACCGUUCCUACUGGAAGGAUGUCCUCCUGGACUAUUUGUGCAAUCGCACGGGCAAUACAUUAUGCAUAAAGGAUGUCUCCCAGGAAAUGGCAAUCUAUUCGUAUGAUAUAGUGAGCACACUACAAGCCCUGGGCAUGAUGAAGUACUGGAAGGGCAAGCACAUUGUCUUAAAGAAACAGGACGUGCUCGAUGAAUAUGAGGAACGAGUUAAGCGCAGAGGGACUUUUCCAAAAAUCGACGAUUCCUGUUUACGCUGGCAGCCCUUCAUACCACUUCAGCCUAUCGAAUCUCCAUAACAUCGAAAUAAGCAUGCUGCCGCAUGCUUUGACGACUCUUCCUAGAAACAAGUCUUACCAAGAGCAAUUCUCUAUAAGACCUCCAAAUAUUUUAUUUAAACAGAACAGUUGCUGUUCCUAGUUAAUUGAUAGAUACAAUUCAAUUCCCAUAAUAAGCUCGAGAGAGAGAGAGAGAGUUGAAGAACCAGACACUGUCAUCAACGUUGUCUUCUGUUAUUUCAAACUCCAGCAAGAUGAAUCAUGAACGCCAAAGCUUUUUACAUGAAGCAGCGAGAGAAAGAGAAAGAGCAGAGGGAGGCUGAGAGACAAAGCAGCGGCACAUUGACAUUGCCGCCCAGACAGCAGCAAAACUCCAACCCAAAGCGCAGUCAAACAAAAAAAACAAAGCGUCAGACAGGUAGAGAGCGCAGCGCAGCAGACAGCGAAGGCAGAGCAGAAGGUGGCGGAGAUGCAGAGACAGAGAGAGAAAGAGAGAGAUGUGGAUAAAAACUGCACAAAGUGUACGCCGACUGCGCCAAAAAGCAUAUGCAAGCAGCUGCGACGUUGGCAGCGACGCAGCCGCAAAAUGUUGCCGCCCAGACACAGACACCAAAGCGUAGCACAGUGGUUGGCAGGCAAUGAUAAAUGAUAGUGUAAUAUAUAAUAUACAUUUAUACAAAUUGUAAAAGACAUGUACUAUAUAUAUUUAGUCUAAUGUAAAGAAAGCGCACAAUAGAGAACUAAGCUUCCAAUUAAGGCCUCAUACUCCAUUACUUCAAAUAGCUUAAUCACCAAUACAUUGGUGUACAAUAUCAACAAUUGAAGUGAAGAACUUCCAAAAUUCGAAUUCCAGAUUAUAUUGUACAAUAAGAAUAACAAAACACAGCAGGCAAUUCACCAAUAUGUGGCUUAAGCUGUAGUGCAGAUGAAAUCAUCAACAAAAUCAACAAUUGCUACCAGCCGUACUGAAGUGAGUUUUAUGUAUAAAUAGAAAAUAUAAUGCUCCAUAGUGUAAUAUAUAUAGACUGUA